AUGAAGCGACGGAUGCGGUUUCUGGUCUUCAUUGUUCCCGUCUCACUGCUGCUGGUAGUUGGCAGUGGGCCGCACCCGGUGACGGCUGAUUUCAUUCAGAACCUCACCAACGGAGUUCGGAUGGCAGGCAAGCUGUUCGGUAUCGAUACGAUAUCGGACGUGGCGGACCUGGUGGCGAAAGGAUUUUCACAGCAAGGAUUCACGUCGAAACCCGAUGUCAGCGCUCCAAUGCAGCAACAAGCAGCAAAUAUGAUGGGGCUCAUGUGGAAAAUGCUCGGGAUGGACGGCAGCAAACUAGGGGCGUUGGUCAUGAAUGCGCUGAUUUUUGUUGCCCACGUGAUUGCUACCAACCUAGGAUCAUUUCGAAAGCCAGCAACGGGUCAGAUUUCUAAGGAAGACGUUCCAAAACUAGAUGAUUCAACAAUAUUGAAGACUGAAUCGCCGCUUGAUUGGCUGUUGCACAAUCCUUCGAAGCAGUUUCGUGCUAUGCUGGAACCGAUUCAAGAGGGCAACAUUACUGACUAUCUUGAGAUGGACUUGCAAAACCUGGAACAAGCCGCCCCCGAGGAUGUAGGUUGUAUCAAACUAUUGGUGUGUAAAAUAAGACCCUUCAUAUGGAAAAUGCAAGAAGUUGUUCGACAACGUUUGGCCGGCAGCACCGGAAGCACAUCGGAAUCAGAGAGAGACUCGGAAAGCAUUGUACAGACAAUCUUCAACAGUGUUCCUAACAUGGAAGAAUUUCAAGCAAACGAGGCAAGUUGUGAAACGAAGUUUAAGCAUUGUGUGCGCUCUUUGAACCGAGCGAAUCUGUACCGCAAGCAGUUGGUGCAUCCGAAAUGCAUCGUAAUGGAGGAUGAGACGUACAUUAAAGUGGACGCAAAGCAGAUUCCCGGCCUGGAGUUUUUCAUCGGCAAGUUCCACCUGGAUGUGCCAGAGAAGUUUCGAAAGAAGUAG